AUGGUGACGACUAAGAGACUGGACAAAUUCCAGAUGGAUUUUGGACAAGUUGACAAGUUUUGCUUAUGGGCCAGAGGUCUGGAGGAGAGAGGAGGUAUUUGGACAGGGAGGGAAAGAAGGGCAACUCACAGUGCCAACGACGGUGUCACCAAAAGAGGAAAGCCUUUCCCCCUCCCAACCCUCCACAUCCCUCCGAAAUUUAAGGAAACAAAAUCCAAACCGAAACUCGCUGGGAAAAAACCCAGAGAAAGCGGAGCAGGACAGGCAGAAACGGGGGCACGAAGAGGACUCCCAGAGGGACAGGUAGUACUGGUGGUCGGCGGUGACCCAGGCGGGGCUCAGCACGGCCCCCAGGUGCAGACACAGCGCCAGGAAGAUGCCCACCAGCCCGACCAGCUUCAGCGGGGUCAGCACCGACACGCGCACCUCCUCCAUGCCGCUGCCCGCCGAAGCCAUGCCCGGAGUCCGACCGCCCCCGGAGCCCAGCAGCCGCGCCGCCGCGCCCCCGAGCGCGAGGACUCGCUCCCUCCGGGCUCCGCGCGCCUCCCGCCGCGCCGCGCAGCUGAGUCGGCUAGGGCGGCGGGCCGGGCGGGGGUCGUGGGCAGCCGCAGCGACGCCCACCCGCCCUGCCAGCGCCCGCUCCGCCUGGCCCCUUCGCAGGCUGCAGGAGGCAGUGCCCAGCGGGGAGGCGCCGUGUCAGGCACUGGCGGCCUGCCAGCCGAAUAGGGAGCGGGUCCCCUUCUCACGUGAUCUCACAUAAGUGGAAUCGCGUAUUUGUCCUAGUGUGUCUUGCUUAUUUCUCUUACCAUGUUGUUUUUAAGGUUCAUCCCUGUUGUAGCAUGUAUCAGGAUUUCAUUCCUUUUUAAGGCUGAAAAAUAUUCCGUUGUGCAACCGUUCCCGGGGGGAACUGUGGAUGGAUACACUUUAACACCCCCAGUGACUGAGAGGAAAGAUAGUACUGAACCCUAUAUGUACUUUUCUUACAUAUACAUACCUAUGAUAAAAUCUGUCAAUGAGGCGCAGUUAUGAGAUUAACAAUAAAGUGUGACAAUUAAUACACUUAAAUAAAAGU